CAAGCGAUGAUUCGAUACUUCAGGGAAUCAUACCAAAUCUCAGAACCGUAAGUGAGAACAACAGUAGGAUAUUGCAAUGGCUUUCACGAUGUUCUUCGUAUCUCAUCGAAGAGCCCUUAUCAUAGUCCUUGUCUUCGUCUUCCUAUAUCUGUCAACUUCCUUUCGCAAUGUCAAAAGUCCUUCAUUACUCGGUCUAAGUUCCACCCCUUCGCUCAAUCCGCAACGACAUCCGAUAGAACAUCUCAUCCUCGAGGCGCUCAGUGACUUCCAACGUAUAUUGGAACACGAGUCCCAUACGCUGAGCGAUGCGGCAAAAGCAUACCGCCAACGACGGGGUCGACAUCCGCCUCCGCAAUUCGAUUCCUGGUUCAAGUUCGAGGAGUCCCAGAACGCAACCAUCAUCGAGGAGCUGUUCGACCAGAUCUACGAGGACUUGGAGCCGUUCUGGGGGAUGUCCCAGAUGGGCGUCCGGCAAGCGGCGAGGAGGGUCGAUAUGAGGAAAAUUCGGAUCCACGAUGGCGUCGUGACUGGCGAAGGAGAUACGGACGACGGGGAUUUGCAUCGAUGGGUGCAGGCGCUGUCGAAUAUCUCCGUGUCGUUACCAGACGUCACACUACCGAUCAAUGGAAUGACGCAGGCCCGCGUGCUCGCCAGCUGGGAAGACGUGUGUGCCAGUAUGGCCACAGCCUCCCGAUCGGAGACUUCGCCUUCAGAAACGAAGCGGGAAUUCAACCGCCCCAAGGAUACCGAAGACCUGCUCGAAAUCGGCAACCCGGACUGGAUUAGAAAUUAGCCGUACUGGCAACUCCUCCACCCCGCCUGCCCACCCAUCAGCCCAGCCCGCCAGGGCGGCGAAAAAUACCCCCCCUCCGAUCCUGAGGACGCCAUCGCCAUCCUCCCGAGCCACCUGGUGCCAUACUCCUACCGCGGCUACAUCUCCACUGGAAGCACGCGACGUCCCCCUGCUACCGGCCCCCAUUCUCCGGAUCCCGUUCCUGGCACCACGCCCACUCCGACGUCGCCUUCGCCCACCUCGAUUGCCCCGAAACCGUCACGAACGCCUCCACUCCAUCCACGGAAACCAGCGCACCAUGCCCGCAACUCGCCUCCUUCCAUCCGA